GAGAUUUAAGUUUUCUCAUUCUUAUAAGUCAUAACAAUACCCGAUUUUAGGUUUUUAGGGUAUGUGCAUUGCGUUUCUGUAUUACCGGAUUUUAGGUUUCUCGAUCAUUUUUUCUUAUCAUACGCUUGCUCAAAUAAUAAUUCAAGUGCUUAUUGUGUCAAAUUCAAUUCCAAUUUCGAGUCCUUAGGUUUUUGGAAACAUGUAAGUACAUUUGAGGUAUAUCCUAUACGUAAAGCCAGAUUUUGGGUUUUUUGGGAAGUGAGCUAUUUUGAUGAAUGAUCAGGGAUCCUUUGCAGAUGUGAUUAGUGAAAAGCAAAACAUGCCUGAACCUAGCAAUUUCACGCAUUAAGCUGCUACAAAACAAGAGAGAUAUGCAACUGAAACAAAUGUGCAAGGAGAUAAGCCAAUUCUUGCAGGCCGGCCAAGAGGCAAUUUCCAGAAUUAGGGUGGAGCAUAUCAUACGAGAACAAAAUACAUGGGCUGCUUAUGAAAUAUUGGAGUUAUUCUGUGAAUUUAUUCUUGCUCGUGUACCUAUAAUUGAGAACCAGAAGGAGUGUCCCUCGGAAUUGCGAGAAGCUAUUGCAAGUAUUAUUUUUGCUGCUCCUAGAUGUUCAGAUGUACCAGACUUAUUGCACAUCAAGAAUUUGUUUACCACUAAAUAUGGGAAAGAAUUUGUUUCUGCAGCAUCUGAACUUCGUCCUGAUUCAGGCGUGAACCGCACGAUCAUUGAAAAGCUUUCAGUUAGUGCUCCAUCUGGAGAGGUAAAACUCAAGGUCUUGAGGGAGAUUGUAGAAGAAUACAAUGUAACAUGGGAUUCUUCUAAAACUGAGGCUGAAUUUAGGAAAACGCACGAAGAUCUCCUGGGUGGAGCAAAGCAAGUUAGUGCUGGAGCUACGCUUUCUCACACUCCCAGCAGAAAUGGUUCUAAUAAUUCAUCACCUUGUAUUACGGAAACUUCUAUCAAGUCUGUGCAUGAUAACCAAGAAUAUAAACACCUUGAAGCUCCCAGUCCUUCUAACAAUAAUUCUUGGUUGAAUACUAAUGAAAUCGAACAGUCACACAAAAAUAAUGAUGGUCCCACUGGAGAUGCUAAAAGUGAGACUAGUUUUCAAUCCUCUGAUGUACUGGAGAAGGCACGGGCAGCCAUUGCAUCUGCAGAUCGUGCAUCUGCAGCGGCCCGUGCUGCUGCUGCACUAGCACAGAGUAGUUUUGGAUCAUUGAAGCUGGAAGGUAAAUAAAUCUUCAUAGUGCUCAGAAUCGACGAAAUGUUAAUAAGGGAAAAAACUUUUUAAAAGGCCAAAGGAGAAAAUAUGUUCAUUGUUGUGGACGUGACAACUUCGAUAAUUAAUACAUGUAUAUCAUUGUAACGGAAAGAAAUACUGAACAGUGUGACGUUUUCUAAAUGUGCUGAUUUUUGUGAGUGCCGACCUUAGUGUAUCAUGAAUUGUAAGUUUGUGCCAAGUAAUUUAAACAUCAACUUUACCCCGGAAAUAAUUGUGCUUUUCCGGAAUGUUUAUACUUAUCA